UUAAACUCUCCAUAUUUCUCACACAUUUAGACUUACACACAAACAGAUCAAUAUUCUCGAUCUAUUUCAAUUCCUCUCUAGCCAUGUCAAGUAGUGAUCAUAGAGGCAAAGAUUUGGCUGAGGGAUCAUCAAGAUCCCCAGGAGAUCAAUCAAUAACAACACCUAGUCGAUACGAGUCCCAAAAACGACGAGAUUGGAAUACUUUUAAUCAGUACUUGAGGAAUCAAAGGCAACCAAUUUCGCUAUCUCAGUGCAAUAGCAACCACGUACUAGAGUUUCUUCGGUACCUGGACCAAUUUGGAAAGACUAAGGUUCACUUACAAGGUUGUAUGUUCUAUGGACAACCCGAGCCACCAGCUCCUUGUACUUGUCCGCUCAGACAAGCUUGGGGUAGCCUCGAUGCACUCAUCGGUAGGCUUCGAGCCGCCUAUGAAGAAAAUGGCAGCUCACCUGAGACGAAUCCUUUUGCUAGCACGGGGAUUCGUGUGUAUCUUAGGGAAGUGAAGAAGUGUCAAGCUAAGGCGCGUGGCAUUGCAUAUAAGAAGAAACAAAAGAAGGCUAGCCCCAGUAAAGGAGAUGAUGAUUCCACUUCUGCAGGAUUCUCACAUUUUCAUGAUCCACUAAUGUAGUUCUAUUGCCCUGUGCCUUCCCCUCGAAAAUAGAGUUGCAGAAAACGAUACUAUUCCCCGUGAAUGAAGGGAAAAGAAGUUUCGACAAAAAGGGGACUGUCAAAUAAAUAAAUGCUCUCGUUGAGAGUCGAACUCAAGACCUCCCGCUUACUAAACAGAUGCUCUAACCAACUGAGCUACGAGAGCUACUUGACAUAAGCUUUCUUGAUCACAACUAUAUUUACACAAGGCAACAAACUGGUCUGACUAUUUUUUCUUUUCUUGUAUAAUUUGAGGGUAUUGACGAAGUUCUAUGAAAUAUGGAAAUUCAUAUAGGACAAUAUAGAGGGAUUUAAUACAAAUAAGC